AUGGCGAAGACACCCGAACAGCAAUUCCACGACUUGAUCGAGAGAAAUGGUCCUAUCGAGGCGGCGGAAAUAGCAGCUGUGUUUGACCAGCUCAAGCCCAUCCCCCCCGAGUUCCUCAUCGGCAAGUGGAAAGGCUUCAGCUUCGACACCGGCCACCCGGCGCAUCAGAUCCUCGACACGCUCAAGUGGGCCGGCAAAGAUUACCGCAGUGUCGAUGACGUGGACCCUAUUAUGAUCUACGACGACAGCGGGAAGAGAACCUGGUACAGCGAGUACGGCCAUGCCAGAAUUCGCGAGGUCAAGUUCCGUGGAACAGUGUCGGCCGCCAUGAUAUACGAUAAAUUCCCCAUCAUCGACGUGUUUAAAUACGUGGACGACAACACCGUGCUUGGCGCCAUGGAUAACAAGGAUUUCCCAGCAGACGCAGGCGAAUACUAUUUCUAUCUGAAGAGGUUUGAGUAA